CAAAAUAAACAAUAUUACUUUUAGGCUAUAGCAGUACAAACUACAAGUAGUACAAGUAUAAGUGCAUAACAAUAUUGAAUACAUUCAUUUUACAUUAAUUUGAUUCGUGUAUUAGUUGUAUUAACUUCCAACGAUACAUCUUGCUAGAUUCUUACAGUUGUUUUGUGACAGUGAAUCAAAUUUACUAUUGAACUACGUUCGUUUUUCAUCUAGGCACAAAUCGCAUUCGAAUAUCGUCGAAAUGUUACCUUAGCAACUGUAACUGUUAUGUUCUGUUUGCUUAAAUAUUGAUCCAACUAUUUUUUUUUCUUUUAUUUCUCAAGUGAUAAUAUCGUGUUCUGUCUAGUGUAUCCGGUAAUAUGUUUAAAAAUACAUUUCAAAGUGGUUUUCUGUCUAUACUCUACAGCAUUGGCAGCAAACCAUUGCAGCUCUGGGAUAAAACUGUUAGAAAUGGGCACAUUAAACGCAUAACAGACAAUGAUAUCCAAUCUUUAGUGUUGGACAUUGUAGGCACAAAUAUCAGUACAACAUACAUUACAUGUCCAGCUGAAAAAACCAAAACUCUGGGUAUAAAAUUACCAUAUCUAAUUAUGAUUGUCAAGAACAUGAAGAAAUAUUUCACUUUUGAAGUACAGAUUCUUGAUGAUAAAAACAUUAGGCGUAGAUUUCGAGCCAGUAAUUAUCAAUCAACAACUAGAGUUAAACCAUUCAUUUGUACAAUGCCUAUGCGUCUGGAUGAAGGAUGGAACCAAAUACAAUUUAAUCUAGCAGAUUUCACUAGACGUGCUUAUGGUACAGGAUACGUUGAAACAUUGAGGGUACAGUUACAUGCCAAUUGCAGAGUUAGAAGAGUUUAUUUCAGUGAUAGAUUGUACUCUGAAGAUGAAUUGCCUGCAGAGUUUAAAUUAUUUUUACCUGUUCAAAGUAAAGUCGAGUACAGACAGAGAGUAGAUUGAACUUGCAAAAGCGACCAUAAUCUCUAACUACUGACAAACAGCAGACAGAUUUCACCACCUCA